AUGUCCCUGUUUAUCUUCCAGAAACAUGCCAAGGGCCAGGAUUUGUUCGACCAGAUUGUGUACCACUUGGACCUGGUGGAAACAGAUUAUUUUGGUCUGCAGUUCCUCGACUCCGCCCAGGUCACGCACUGGCUGGACCAUUCAAAACCCAUAAAGAAACAGAUGAAAGUUGGACCUGCCUAUGCUUUGCACUUUCGAGUCAAAUACUAUUCUUCAGAACCAAACAACCUUCGAGAGGAAUUUACAAGGUACCUGUUUGUUUUACAACUCAGGCAUGACAUUCUUUCUGGAAAACUGAAGUGCCCCUAUGAAACGGCUGUGGAACUAGCUGCUCUCUGUCUGCAAGCGGAGCUGGGGGAGUGCGAGCUUCCGGAACACACGCCAGAGCUUGUGUCUGAGUUUCGGUUCAUCCCAAAUCAGACAGAAGCCAUGGAAUUCGAUAUCUUCCAGAGAUGGAAAGAGUACAGGGGAAAGAGCCCUGCCCAGGCGGAACUCUCCUAUCUCAACAAAGCAAAGUGGCUGGAAAUGUAUGGGGUGGACAUGCACGUCGUCAGGGGAAGAGAUGGCUGUGAAUAUUCUCUUGGACUGACCCCGACAGGCAUAUUAAUCUUUGAAGGAGCUAACAAAAUAGGCUUAUUCUUUUGGCCUAAGAUCACCAAAAUGGACUUUAAAAAGAGCAAACUGACCCUCAUUGUAGUGGAGGAUGAUGACCAGGGGCGUGAGCAGGAGCACACCUUCGUGUUCAGGCUGGACAGUGCACGCACCUGCAAGCACUUGUGGAAGUGUGCUGUGGAGCACCACGCCUUCUUCCGUCUGCGCACACCCAGCAACAGCAAGUCCACCAGAUCGGACUUCAUCCGCCUAGGUUCCCGCUUCCGGUUCAGUGGGCGGACAGAAUAUCAAGCUACUCACGGCUCCAGAUUGCGAAGGACCAGCACCUUUGAGAGGAAGCCUAGCAAACGCUACCCAUCCCGGCGACAUUCCACAUUCAAAGCAAGCAACCCGGUGAUUGCUGCUCAGCUCUGCUCUAAAACAAAUCCUGAAGUCCAUAAUUACCAGCCUCAAUACCAUCCCAACGUCCACCCUAGCCAGCCCCGGUGGCGCCCUCACUCUCCAAAUGUCAGCUACCCGCUCUCCUCCCCAGCGCUCAGUCCCACAGAAAGGUUGCCUUUUGGCCUUGAGGAGAAUGGGGGCACACCAUUCGUCCCCAAAGCUUCGGGGAGGCACCACCACCAGCACCAGCACCACUCCAACUAUGGCCUUUCGCUGCCCCUGGAGAAUAAGGAGGGGCCAUUGAGGUCCCCAAACUCCAGCAAGGCCCUCAACAAACUGAGUCCAGGAGCACCUGCCCUGUACAGCGAAGCAGCUGCCCAUCUGAAGAAGCUGGAGCUGGAGACUGUGAAGACUGCUGGACCCUGGCCUGCCCUGCACAUCAACAUAAACAAGGCGGAGGAAAAGAAAGUUUCUGAGAAGACCCUUCAGACCCCGCUGCUGCCAUCUCCUGUGGCAGAUCACGUGAAGUGUAACAUCUUGAAAGCACAGCUGGAGAAUGCCUCCCGUGUGAAUGCCCAGAUUGGGAAGGAGGAGUCCACAUUUGUAAAUAUCAAUAAGAAAUCGAGUCUUCAGGACACUAAUGUAAGAAGCCCCAUUCCUAUACGUGUGGAAACAGCUCAGCCAGUUGUGGAGAAGCCAGAGAUCAAGCCUCCCCGAGUGAGGAAGUUAACAAGACAAUACAGUUUUGAUGAAGAUGACCUCCCUCCAGACCUGGCUGAGGCAGUGGGAGCCACCACAGUCACAACCACAAACACCACGAUGUCUGCCACUCAAGUCUCAGUGCCGCUGGCAUCCCCCAAAAUCCAGAAAGUCACCUCGCCUCAGAAGUCGGAAGUCAAGAGCCCACUGUCCCCAGGGGCCAAGAGCCCCUCUGACCAUGGAGGCACCUUUACCUUGGGGCCAGGCGACCUGCUGAUGGACUUCACAGAAGCCACUCCUCUGGCAGAGCCCGCCAGCAGCCCCCACUGUGCCCACUCUCGCUGCUCUCCUCCACUCUCUCUCCCAAUGAAGGAAGAGACCACUGGAGUUUGCAUGUAUCCUCCAAUCAAAACGAGGCUGAUAAAAACAUUCCCAGCAGAACCAAUGAUGAACCCGUUUCCUGAUCCCUUCACCACGGGGCCACAGUUCACUGCAGACUUUAGAGAGAACAAAUUGCAGUGCUGUCCUGGCCAGUCUUCCCCGUUGAUUCCAACAGCAACCCUGCGGCCAUUGACAGAGGCUGUGUCCACAGUACAGACCAUCUACACCUCCCGGAAGCCUGUCUCUCUGGCAGCCAGUGCAGAGACGCUCCGGCAAGAACUGGAAAGAGAGAAGAUGAUGAAAAGACUGUUGAUGACCGAACUGUGA